GUUCCCAAUAUAACCUCACUGCACAGUCAGCUGAGGGGUCUGGUCAGCGGCCUCAGUCUGAACUGUAAGGGAAGUGACAGGCACAAACUCUGUUCUCUGGAUUGUGUUUUCUUCACAUGUUUGGAUGAACACCAUGAUGAAAGGGGAAGAUUCAGCGGAAGUAGAGAUUGACUUGGAGGACUCCAGUGACCCUGAUGAAUAUGAUAAUGGGGAGGAACCUGAGACGUUGUGGAGGGCCCCUCCCGCUCUGGAAGAAGAGGAAGACAUUCAUACGUCCACACUAGUGGAAAUCAGUGAUACCAAGCCUCUGAUUAAUGUCAGAGACCCCCGUGGUAUCAAUGACUGUCUCAAGGUGACAUUUGAGGAUGUGAUUGCGGAGCCAGUAUCAGUGCGCAGUGGGGACAGAGUGUGGACCUGGAGUAAUGCCCUGUUUGAGGUGUCUAGGGUUUGGAUCUACAGGAUAGUCACAGUGCUUCUGGCCAUUCCCAUUUCAAUUAUCUCUGGUCUCCUCUUUGCCAUCCUCAGCUGCUUCCACAUCUGGAUGGUUGGUCCUUGUAGCCACUGUAUCCUCAUUGGCGCACGCUGGCUGCAGAGCCUAUGGAGCAUUGUGCUGGGCGUCAUUGUGCGUCCCUUCCUCACAAGUGCUGGGAGAUGCUGUGGAGGCUUCAGCAUUCACCUGGCCAAAGAAUGAGACUCACACAUCCAGACUAUUACUGUUCGUUAUGUGCAAUGGUGUUCUAGUGGACUGAGCCGAAGAGGGCAUUGAUAUUUGAUUUUUAAAAUUUUUAUUCAGAAUAAAAUGUUUAUAGUUGCAUGUUUUUCACAUUUAAGAUGCCUUUGUUACCAAAGGCAUCUUAAAUGUGAAAAACAUGCCAACAGCACCUGCUGCUCCUUUUAAUGAUUAUACAAGGAUUGUGACAUGUUCAAACAAUAAUAUGGACCUGACAAAGAGACAAAAGAAGGUGAUAUAUUUCUUGAUUUUAUCCUGUGUGUUAAAUCGCUUUGAUGAGACCAAAAUAGGAUCAGAGUUCAUAUGGAUGUGACAGUGAUUAAUUUCAAAAAUGAUGAAAGUGA